CCUUUCUUACUCAAGUGUCUUCAACCUCCAAUUCCCCUCUUGUGAGUGGUUCUUAUAAACUCACUGUACGUCCUCCUCCAUUCUCCUGUGACCUCUACAAGUCAUCCUUUCUUUCUUUCUCUCUCAUCUCUCAAUUUUCCUGAGGAUGGUCACUGAUGGAGAUCAGAAGAGAUACUGUAUGUUAAUGGCAGUAAGGGAUUCUGAUUAUGUGAAAAAAGUAUAUGGUGGGUACUUUAAUGUAUUUCUUAAAGCAUUUGCAGAAGAAGGGGAACAAUGGGAGUUGUUUAGGGUUGUUGAUGGAGAGUUCCCUGACAUGGAUGAUCUCCACAAGUACCAUGGUUUUGUCAUCAGCGGUAGCCCUUCUGAUGCUUAUGGAAAUGAGCUAUGGAUCUUGAAGCUUUGCUUUCUUUUGCAAACACUAGAUGCCAUGGAAAAGAAGGUCCUUGGCAUAUGCUUUGGUCACCAGGUGUUGUGCAGAGCAUUGGGUGGUAAGGUUGGGAAAGCUUAUGGUGGAUGGGACCUUGGGUUGAGGAAAAUCAGGAUUGUGGAAGACUUGCCCUUUUGUAAUAACUUCUUUGGUGCCCUUCAUGAUAUCCCUCCUUCCCUUACCAUCAUUGAGUGUCAUCAAGAUGAGGUAUGGGAAGUACCUUUGGGAGCCAAGGUGAUUGGGUUCUCAGAGCAGACAGGAGUAGAGAUAUUUGUGAUUGGAAAGCAUAUAUUAGGUAUCCAAGGCCACCCUGAAUACACCAAAGACAUCUUAUAUGAAAUCAUCAAUAGGCUCACUAGCAACAAGUUGAUAGAAAAAGAAGUUGCAGAGGAUGCAAAAUCAAGAUUAGAGAUUGGUGAACCAGAUAGGAAGUCUUGGGUGAAGAUUUGCAAGAACUUUCUCAAGGCGGGAGAUUAUUGCCCAUGAAUAAGUGACGAUGUAACUCUUCUUGUUUAGCUUUCUAUCUAAGGGGGAAUAAAGAGGUGGGAACUAUAUGUUAGGCCUGGAAGCAUUAGAAAUAUUAUCAUGUAUACAAUACCAUUGAAACAAAUUGUGGGUAGCUAGCAGCUUCUUCCACUACGUACGAAACCAUUGAUCCCAAUUUUCUGUGGCCAGUGGCAUCUUUUAGUUUUGGGUAGUCUCUUUUUUUUUUUUAUACAAUAGUUUUAGAUAGUCUUGUACUUUAUACUUUGGAGACUUUACUGUACAACAAACAAGGGAUUACGAAAGAAAUUGUUUCAGGAUGUACAGAAGAAU